GGCAGCCGGUGAGGAGCAGGAUGGCGGCGGCUGGGCCAAUGCCGGGCGGGAUAAGGGCUCCGGGUUGCGUCAGGGCGACCGACGGCGCCGCUGGGCUGUGGCGAGUGACAGAGGGUGGCGGGGCCUGGCUACCCUAGAUGUGGCCUCAUGGAUGAGCUGGUGCAUGACUUAGCCUCAGCCUUGGAGCAGACAUCUGAGCAGAGUAAGCUUGGUGAGCUGUGGGAGGAGAUGGCCCUGAGCCCCAGACAGCAGAGGCGGCAGCUUCGGAAGCGCCGAGGCCGGAAGCGCCGUUCCGACUUUACUCACCUGGCUGAGCACGCCUGCUGCUUCAGCGAGGCCUCUGAGUCAAGUCUGGAUGAGGCCACCAAGGACUGUCGAGAAGUGGCUCCGCUCACCAACUUCAGUGACUCUGAUGACACAGUGGUGGCCAAACGGCACCCAGCUCUCAGUGCCAUCGUUAGGGGUAAGCAGCACUCUUGGCAUGAAUCUGACUCCUUUACGGAAAAUGCGCCUUGUCGACCCCUCAGGCGCCGGCGGAAGGUGAAGAGAGUGGCAUCCGAGGUGGCUGCCAGCCUUCAGCAGAAGCUGAAAGUGUCAGAUUGGAGCUAUGAGAGAGGCUGCAGGUUCAAGUCUGCCAAGAAGCAGCGUUUAUCCCGAUGGAAGGAGAAUACUCCCUGGACCUCAUCUGGCCAUGGGCUGUGUGAAUCAGCAGAAAGUCGGACUUUCCUAAGCAAAACAGGAAGGAAAGAAAGGAUGGAGUGCGAAGCAGAGGGACAGAAACACGGCUCCGACGAGAACAUGUCCGAAAGUGAAACUAGCAGUGUGUGCAGCAGCAGCGACACGGGGCUCUUCACCAAUGAUGAAGGGCGUCAAGGGGAUGAUGAGCAGAGUGAUUGGUUUUAUGAAGGAGAAUGUGUCCCCGGAUUCACUGUCCAUAACCUUCUGCCCAAGUGGGCUCCUGAUCACUGCACUGAAGUAGAAAGGAUGGACUCCGGACUGGAUAAACUCUCAGAUUCCACAUUCCUUUUACCUUCCCGGCCAGCUCAAAGAGGAUACCAUGGUCGCCUGAAUCGGUUGCCAGGAGCUGCAGCUCGGUGCCUCAGGAAGGGGCGGAGAAGGCUGGCUGGGAAGGAGACCGGCAUAAGCAGCCUGGGAACCGAGAGGAUCGGCCACCCCGUCAGUGACCCCCGGCAGACGGAUUUCUGGUUGCCAUCAGCUGGGAAAAGAGAACGCCAUCAGUUUAAUCCACUCUCUCCUCUUUACUCCCUGGAUGUUCUUGCUGAUGCCUCUCAUCGAAGGUGCUCACCCGCACACUGCUCUGCCAGGCAGGCAAGUGUACACUGGGGACCCCCAUGCUCACGUGACAUUAAAAGGAAACGGAAACCUGUGGCCUCAGCAUCUUUUUCUAGCCCUAGUACAGGGCACCCAGAUGUCCUAGAGCCAGCCAUCCCAGCACAGAAGCCUCCUGACUCAGAGUGGUUGGACGGGACCUCUGCAGCAGAGAAAACCACUGCCUUUCCUCCAGCCACAUUUUUCAAAAUGCCACAGGAAAAGAGCUCUGGAUGCAGCUAGAGCCCAGUUACCAAUGGGCGUUGAACCUCUGUAUUGUACAGUCUUAGUGUUCUGAUCAGCAGUCUUGGUCCUGAUGCCACCAGGACCAACUCCUCUUCACACACAGCAGUCACUCUUCUUUUAGAAAAUGAUAUUUGGGGAAUCUUCUUUUGUAAAAUAUCAGUUUUCUUUAAGUGGGCGGGGCAUCCUCUGCUGUAUUUCCUCCUUUUUUUUUUUUUUUUCUUUCUUUUUCGGAGCUGGGGACGGAACCCAGGGCCUUGCGCUCGCUAGGCAAGCGCUCUACCGCUGAGCUAAAUCCCCAACCCCUCCUCCUUUGUUGAUAGCCCACCAUUUGUGUCCAGCUGCUCCCUUACAGCUGCUGCCCCUUGGCAGCUGAGUCUUUGUUCCUGAAAAUCUAGUAACCGCUUUGCAUACCUUCUGUGUAGAGCUUUUAAUAUCACUGAUGAAGUCCUAAAUUCUCAGCCAACUCGAAACACAUCCCUGGAUGGAAGUGUGUUUGUGCAGUAAGGCUUGCCGUAGAGCCUUGGUUCACUCAGUGCCAGUAAGACACAUCAACCACAUUCUCCGUUUGGGGCCCCAGAGGAGACACCAGCAGUAUGGUUUGGGAACUUAUUCCCUUGCCUGCACAUGGUCUGAGGGGAUUGCCAGCAACCCCAUUGUACCUGACUCAUCUUCAUGCUCAGUGUUUACUGACAGCGGUCACAGAGGUCAGUGUACUACAGUGCAGGUGGGGGUUGAGGUGCCCAGCAAAAUAGUGGAUAAUGUUCUGACCCUGGUCUCAGGCUUUAUAUCCUAAGUGGGAUUCCACUGUUAGUGUUUUAUAGGUCAGUGACCAGUGAUAAGCAGAAACUCAUGCUCUGUUAUCUGGAUAAUGGUUGGUUGGGGCCAUGGUUUAGGAAGGAAAGAUGUCUUUGUGACAUGCCUUUCUAUGUGGCGUGUUUAUGACUGCUCGGCUGCAGGUACAGUUGUAUAUAUAGUAGUGUCCAAAGUUGAUGCUACUUUGUCAAGGUGAGGCAUAAGUGAGUACCUGGAGCUGCUAGGGAAGAGCCACAUUUCCCAAAAGUGUCAUCCAGAGUGCCUGUCAUUCAGGCCUGCUCAAGAGUGCUCUCUUUCUGUAUCAGCUGAGUGUGUUGACUCUGGAACGUACGCUAGCGCUUGCUAAAUGCUCGCUGCCUUGGUCGUGUGGGAGAGAAGAAACCUCUCCUUACGUCAGCUGCCAGGUGGUCUGGUGCCUCCUUUUCCUAAAGGGUAAUUCUCCCUCCACACGGAGUGCAGUCAGCAUGUCCCCCUUGAGAGUAUGUCCAUGUGAGAGGAUGCUCUGACUCGUUAGCACUGAGGUGGGCAGGUGGCCAGAAUGUGAGUCUGUUUGCAAAGGGGGACCCGAAGCUUGGUGUUUACAGAUCGUGUGGAUGGCUGAGAGUGUAUCAGCUGACCAUAACAAAAAUGGUGGAGGGGGGCACAGAGAGAGAUCGCAGCAUGAGAAGGGUGACACCAAAACCUAUCGCCCCAAAUCACCCUGGUUCUUACAAGGAGACUGACUGUCAUAUGGGUGUCUUAGCUACAUCCAUAGAAGAUAGGGACUGCCACUGUUACAUAGUUCAGAAUGAAGGGGAUACGUGGUGUUCCUGCAGUGGCCUAUGGGACACAUUUUUACUGUCCUGGGUUGGGGUGAGGGAGAAAUCUACUGACGAUGCCUUUUAAAUAUUUCCAGACUUUGAUGCAGACAUUGGUCCUGAUGAUGGCUGUGGAGACCUCCACAGUUAGGUGCAGAGGUGUUCCCAUAUUCUCCUUUGUCGGACAUUGUGCUACACCGCCUGCCUGGUCAUCUUCUUUUGACCUGGGAUUUAAAGUAGCUUAAAUAUACAUAUUUAUUUAUAUUUUAAAUACCUCUCUGAAGCCAUGCCAAUUUUCAGAGGUGAAGGCAGAGUUGCGUGCUCUACUCGAUCACAGGAGUGAGCCCAGACUGAAGCAGUAGCGGUUCGUGUGCUCUGCCCUGGUUAUAUAAUCUGUAGUUUCUUGUCGGUAUCCUGAGUCAGCCUGAGGCCCACAUCUGGGCAGUGCUCUCAUGACUGUUUAUCAUCUUUGUUGGUCAUGCAUUUCUACACAUUUCUGAAUACUUUUGACAGGGAUCACCCAAGAUUACAGCAUCUACCUAUAAUGCGUGGGAAUAAAGUUAUUUACCGAGAAAAUAGAAUAUUAAGCACAUAAAUUCUUUCGAAAACAGGGAUGUAAUUUAUGCUCAUUUUAAAGUGUAAAUGCAUGCUUAGGGAAGCCAUUUAUCCUGCUUAUCUUCUGUGUUAACCAGCUUUGGGGCAAACUUUAGUACCAGUUGUAUUUUAAACCUUACAUUUAAAAAAAUUUCUUAUGGCACAGUGGAUAAUGUCGUAAAUUAAGACCUGCUUUCCAGGAGAGAUGCAGUUUUGCAAUCACGUUUUGUUGUCAGUAUUGAAGACCACCUGGCAGACCUUAAAGACGCCAUUGGUUGUGCUCAUGCAUUUCGUAUUGGAGUUAAUGAAGCCAAGGGCAUGGUUCUGAUUUCCUGUUCUCAUAUCCUUGGGGACUCUGUGGAUGUUUCUCUGAAUGUCACUGUUUCCUUUUCUAUAGUGGACAAAAGUCACAUUACCUACUUGCAUGAAGUUCAUUCACAAGACGUUUGCGUCACCAAGAAGUUUAAAGGGAUCUGAGACUUUUCAGAUGCAGCAAUUAAAGAAAGAGCUUCAUUUGUGUCAAUCCCCUGUAGCUCUUUGGUCAGAGCUGCUGAGAAGGAACUCAGUGCUGUUUACAUGGUGCUACAUUCUGAGGGGCAGAAUGCAGUGUUCUGAGUGACAUGUGGUUGGGCCUUGAGAUUUUUAGAAGUCAAUUGCUAUGAAAGAUUUCAGAUGACACUGACUCUUAAACAAGGCAGUUCUCACAGCAAAUGACCCAAAGUAAAUAAAGCGUCUUAACUUGUGGUGCUUA